CGACCAGAAAUAGAGUAAUCGAUGCGAGGCGCAACCUGGCUUGCCGGCCUCGCCGUCGCGACGUGCUGCCACGUAGCGCUUGGCGUCGGCUACCACAGCCCGUGGGUCAAUGCGACUGUUAAUGGAAACCCGGUCCGGCUCGAGCUCUCGACGCGCUUCCGAGGUGUGAUCCUCUACGCCGACGUCGACGAGUCGGCGUACACGAGCGUGAGCCUGGGCUUUGACAACGUGACCGCGGGCGAUGUUAUCGCCAAGGUCGCCGACGCCCAGCUCUUUGAAAAGCGAUGGAACGUGUCGGGGCUGCUUGGCAUCGGGCUCGUGUCGUCGCCGCAGCCCGGCUGGCCGUUCCCGGGCGACCUCGUUCUGCAGUACAACGGCAUGGAUCCAUCGACAGGCGCUGCGAAUGCAACGCUUCGUCCUGCGGCGUCGCCAGAGGACGACAAAUGGACGUGGUCCGAGUCGAUGAACGUCGUCCACGACUUUUACUACAAGCGCCGAACGUCCUUUACAGUGCACAACGCGACGGUCUGCGGCGUGCCAUUGAUGCAGCCGUCGUCGUCGUACUGGGCGGCCCACGUCGACUUUGAGGUGCCCUGCCUCGUCUUGCCCAAAGAGUUUUACACCUCGCUCGUGACGUGGGCACCGCUCGAGUACAACGCGUCGGCCAAUAUCACGCAGCUGCGGCCGAACGUGUCCCUGCACGAGCUGCCGUCGCUCUCGUUUCAGGUCGGGUACGGUCUGCCGACGCUCACGCUGCCGCUCGCCGCUUUGGCGCUCAACGUCUCGACAGGCCAAACGCCCCAAUUGUGCCUGCAGCGGUCGACGAGCAUUGUCAACCGCAUUCUCGAGCACCAGAUUGUCCUCGAAGAAGACGACAUUUUUACCAAAGAGAUUGGCGGCAUUGCGUUCGUGCCCGACAUGUACCAAUCACCGAUGAUCUUUGGCGCCAUGGUGCUCCAGCAUCUGCCGACGCUCUUGAGCGACACACAAAAGCAAGUAGGCUUUGUGCAAACGCCAGUGGUGACGCCGACGACGCAGCCAGUCUGUACCGUGCCUCUCGCCUGCAGUGGCCAACAGACGUACGAUCAGUCGACCAACAAAUGCAACGACCCCAACUGCGACCUUGUCUACUACCACGAGUUUGACGACGCCACAAAGACCUGCGUGCCGGUGGCGCAGUGGCAGUGGGUCGCAACGUGUUUGAUUGCGAGUUUCAUUGCACUGGAAGUCUACCUCGACCGCAGCCGUCAGCGUCUCGCCGAGAGGACGUUGCUCGACGCCGAGGGAUCUUCGUGAGCCAACCGUUGCAACUCGAGAAAAUACAGUGCAGGGUGGUAUGUUCAUUGAUCGGGAGCUUUCAUGUCGCAUAGCGAUAGACAAGCGGACGUCCUUAUUGCUUGCCGAGCGAGAAGCCUGGUCGACCGAUCGGGAUGGACUUGACCUUGUUAACGUUGGACGUGUCGAUCGCCUUGCCGGCCUUUUGCUCGUUGAGCUGCAGUUGCACGUGGAUGCUCGAGCUCUGCUUGAGGAGUUCUCGGAUCGCAAUCGUCGCAUAGCUCGACGACUCUACACAUAUAUGGGAUCAACAAGAUGGCCUCACAAACCACA